AUGGCUGGUGCAAGACUAAUUACUGCCAAUGCUAUGGUUCUUCUUUUGCUUGAAAGUGCAGUUUUACUCGGAGCCACUGGUGAUAAAGUGAUGAGUGCCAAAGCUUGUCCUCUUUAUUGCUUGGAUGUGGAUUACAUGACUUGCAAGUCUUCAGGUGAUACGAAGCUUAAUUCGGUUUGCAACUGCUGCUUAGCUCCAAAGAACUGCACCCUUCACCUUGCAGAUGGAAGUGAAACAGAAGUACUCUUCCCAUCAGAUCAGAAUCUUUUGCCUUUGGCAACUCUUCUUGUUCCAAGUAUUGCAUUGGCUCUGCAAAGGAAAUCAGAUGGACAUAGAACAGAGGCUGAAAAAACAAGGGUAAUGCCAGCCAAUUUAGCACAGUCAGGAUUGACUCUUGAAUUUGCAAUAUGA